AUGGAUGCAUCUUCGUUCUAUGAUGUUGGCUGUUUCUCUUCGAAAGUGGUGGGUAUGGCUGCUGGUCAAAACGUAGAUGUGUCAAAGAAACUGAAGGCGGCAAUCAAAGCGAAAUUGGAGGAACUCGGUGUUUAUGUAGAUGACGAGCUUCCGGAGUAUAUUAUGGUGAUGAUCGCUAAUAAGAAGGAGAAGAACCAGAUGAAAGAUGACUUAAAUUUAUUUCUGGGAAAGUGCACGAAUAAAUUUGUGGACUGGCUCUUUGAGCUUUUCGAGCGACUGCAAACUGCUGGCACCAAAUCCGAUACUCAUUCAGUGGUUGAUAAGGCUAGUAAGGAGACCUCGAAGGAACAUUCUAAAAACAAAGAACGCAGAAAAGAGGCGGAGACAAUAUCGCAUGCGUCCACAUCAAAGAAAGAGGAUAGAAAAGAAUCUCGCACACACGAAUCGUCUCACCGUCACUCAGAUUCUGAGUUAAGAAGAAGAGAAACGGAAAAAGAAAAAGAACGUGAGAAAGAGAGAGAACGAGAGAGGGAAAAAGAGAAGGAAAAGAUUCGGCAAGCUGAGAAGGUCAAAGAGAAGGAGCGCGAAGAACGAGCUAAAGAAUUGGAACGUCAAGAGAAACUUCGUGAGCAAGAAAAGUCAAAGGUUGCUGUGCCACGAGAUACAGCUCGACCUAUACGCCGCCAAAAAGAGCGCAGAUCUCGAUCUCGUUCCAAGACAUGGUCUGACGAUGAGUUCGAACAACAAGUUGAAGGACGCGCCAAAAAGGUGGCCUCAUCAGUGGUUGCACAUCGCGUACUUACAGCUAGUCCUGAGCCAGUAAAAGUUUCUUCGCAGGUGCACGUGAUGAGAAAAGUAAAGCCUGCGACAAGGUUGAACUAUAAGGGACUACUAGAUUCUUCAUUUUUCAGUGAGAUCGAAAUGAAGACGAUGAAAGCAGGAUCAUCGAUGUUCUUGAAAGCAAUGAACCAAGCAAGUGUGAGCGCUGGGUAUGGCGCAUCACUGGUGGAGAAAAAAAAAGGCGCCGUGCACGCUUCUGUAUCGAGAUCGCCGCUUAAAAAUCGACUGAGUCGACCAGAUAUUGUUGACGUGGAUAGUGAUGGCGAGAAUGCUUACAAGACUGAAGUGAUAAUGGGGGAAAAGUCUCGUAGUAGACCGAUUAGUCCACAAAUAACCGUGACUUUGAAAGGUGCAAGAGAGCACAUCGGAGUGAAGAAAGCUGGUCUUAAGCGCCGUAAGGAGAAGGGUGAGGGAGACGCAAAAAAUGGAAGCGUCGUAGUCGUGCCAGAAAAGCGCGGUCGCACUGUAGAAAUUGACGAUGAGAUCGUAUACCGUCGUCAUGAUGCUUUACUAAAAGUAAGUUUUUGUGUUAGAUUGUUUAUGCUAAAUUUUCAUGACGGCUAUGAAUCUCCAUCAAUUCGUAAGUGGGACGGUCAAAUUCAACUGGAUGAGGAAGAUACGACAGAUGAUGAUGAAGCAAAAAUAGACGCCGUUUUGGCUGAUGCUCGUGGCGUCACCUCAACCAUGGAUGAAGACGACGAAGUACCACCUACCCACCAACUUAGUCGCGGAAACAGCUGGUCCGGAUAUGCAGGAUCACCAACCCAACAACCACCAGGGGGAGCUCCGAAUUAUGUGCCAACACCUCUCACAAAAGAUGAAGUCAACUACACAACAGUAACGAAGAUACCUGAGCGAUGUCGUUUUUGGCCGGCUUGUCGACAGGGUGAAAACUGUCCUUAUACCCAUCCAAACAAGCAAUGCAUCAAUUUCCCGCACUGUUCCUUUGGCGCACGCUGCCUUUACAUCCACCCGCCGUGUCGAUUUGAUAGAAAAUGUGCUAAUCCAAAUUGUCCUUACACUCAUGGUCGAAUUGCUGCUGCAACGGUUCCAGUGCAUGUGACAACACCAGCGCCAGCUGCUGCGGCACCUCAGAUAUCGCAGCCAAUUGCUACAUCAUCGCCGAAUUCUACUGCAGCUGAAACGACAAGAAUUCCUCCGGACAUCCCACUGUCUGCUGAGACCAAAAUUCCCUCCAUUCAUACCCCUUGCCUCUUUGGAAACAAGUGUAAGAAACCAAAUUGUGCAUUCAAACAUCCUAAGGCAUGUCAUUAUGGUAUCCUAUGUAUGAACGCAAGCUGCUAUUUUUAUCAUCCACCUCAACCGAAGUCAUCGUCAGGCAGCGGUGUUGUUGCCACCAAAUAUAAAUGGAAGGCAUCGAGUGCAAGUGCUUAA